GCGGGAGGAGCCCGCGCCGCCGUGUCCUUCGAGCCGCCGCCGCCUUCGCUUCCAGGCCUUCGAUCCCAUGCCCUGUGGACCCACAGGCUGGUUUGGCUGGUUCCCUUCUCCAGGGCAAUUUGCAUAUUUCUUUGAAGAACCAUCCAGAAGCUGCCUAACCUGUUUUCAGACCUAGAGGGGAGGCCCACAGUUGUUUCUUGAAACCCUGGGCUGGAAAUGGCCACAUGGGGCAGAUCCAGCCACAGGCUCCUUCAUGCGGCCGAGCCAACCAUGGAGGAGGAGCCACAUCUGCCCAUAGGCCGGGAGUUGUCCGAGGCCAACCGCUUCGCCUAUGCCGCCCUCUGUGGCAUCUCCUUGUCUCAGCUCUUUCCGGAACCUGAGCAAAGCCCCUUCUGCACAGAGUUUGUGACGGGCCUGGUGAAGUGGCUUGGGUUGUCCGAAGCUGUCUUGCCAACCAUGACUGCUUUCGCCAGCGGCCUAGGAGGCGAAGGAGCGGACAUGUUUGCUCAGCUUUUAUUGAAGGACCCCAUCUUGAAGGAUAACCCGUUGGUGAUCACUCAGGACCUGCUGAGCUUCUCACUCAAGGAUGCACAUCCCACGCACUGGGAUUCCCCCUGCUGGAUUUUAGAAUGUUUUCAGCUUUUUAAAAUCAUUGAUGGGCCCAGGGUGACUUUUGAUACCUGCCUCUGCAUGACAGAGUGCCCAGCACUGAUCCCAGUUUGGGGGUUGGUGAGGCGGGGAGGCCUCAGAGGGCCCCAGGCACAGCCAGCCCUAAAGACCAUCCUCUUCUCUCCCAGAAUGGCUGAGGCGUCCCGGAAGAAGAAAGAAAACCGGAGGAAAUGGAAGCGCUACCUCCUGAUAGGCCUGGCGACCGUUGGAGGAGGGACAGUGAUCGGUGUGACCGGGGGUCUAGCUGCCCCUUUUGUUGCCGCCGGAGCUGCAACAAUCAUUGGCAGUGCGGGCGCAGCGGCUCUGGGCUCAGUGGCCGGCAUAGCUGUCAUGACCUCGCUGUUCGGUGCAGCCGGAGCUGGCCUCACAGGCUACAAGAUGAAGAAGCGUGUUGGAGCCAUUGAAGAGUUCACAUUUCUGCCUCUGACGGAAGGCAGGCAGCUGCAUGUCACCAUCGCCAUCACAGGCUGGCUGGCCUCUGGCAAAUACCGAACCUUCAGUGCUCCGUGGGCUGCCCUGGCCCGUAGCCGUGAGCAGUACUGCCUGGCCUGGGAGGCCAAGUACCUGAUGGAGCUAGGCAACGCCCUGGAGACCAUCCUCAGUGGUCUGGCCAACAUGGUGGCCCAGGAGGCCCUAAAGUACACAGUGUUGUCUGGUAUUGUGGCUGCCCUGACCUGGCCAGCCUCACUCCUCGCUGUUGCCAAUGUCAUCGACAACCCCUGGGGGGUGUGUCUCCAUCGAUCAGCGGAGGUUGGCAAGCACCUAGCCCACAUCCUGCUCUCCCGGCAGCAGGGCCAGCGACCCGUCACCUUGAUUGGCUUCAGCCUGGGAGCCCGAGUCAUCUACUUCUGUCUACAAGAGAUGGCUCAGGAGAAAGAUUGCCAAGGGAUCAUUGAGGACGUCGUCCUGCUGGGUGCGCCCGUGGAAGGAGAGGCCAAGCACUGGGAGCCUUUCCGGAAGGUGGUAUCCGGGAGGAUCGUCAACGGCUACUGCAGGGGGGACUGGCUACUGAGCUUCGUGUACCGCACGUCCUCAGUGCAGCUGCGCGUGGCUGGCCUGCAGCCAGUGGAGCUACAGGACAAGAGGAUGGAGAAUGUGGACCUGUCCUCUGUCGUCAGUGGCCACCUGGACUAUGCCAAGCAGAUGGACGUCAUCCUGAAGGCCGUGGGCAUCCACACCAAGCCAGGCUGGGAAGAAAAGGGGCUCCUGCUGGCCUCCAGCAGCCUGCCCCAAGAGGAGCCUCGCCAAGCAGCAGCUGCCUCCUUCUCAGACAAGACCACUGACCAGGAUGGGCAAGCCCAGGGUCCGGCACCCGGAGACACCCCCAAAGUGGCCACAUCCUCUGACCCCAGCCAAGCCCAGGUGCCAACAGAGCUGGACCAAUCUGAUGGUGCCUCCCUUCCUGCUGCUGCCAGCCCUGCUGAGAGGCCCCAGAUCUGCAGCCAUGGUGUGCAGCCCAACCCACUGGGCUGUCCCACCUGUGCCAGCGAGAACCAGGAGUCCUGCCCAGGGUUGGAAUGACCCCAAAUGGGGACUUGAGCCGUCUUCCCAAAUUUCCAUAUGCAGCGCUCUCUUACCCCCUCCAUCAGGCUCCCUGCAUGAGCUCUGAAGAAGUUCCACCAGUGCCUUUCCUAAAUUGAAGGCUUUGGGAUUCAAAACCAAGGAAUUGAAAAGAGAGAGAAUCAGGGAGACCGUGGUCCCUCUCUGGGGAAGCGAGGCCAGAGCCUGCAAAGUCAACCAGGCACAAUGGAGAGCCUCAGGACUACCAGCCGUGGGCCUCCAGUACUUCAGGUCGCAGCUGUGAGGUCUGGCUGUCCAUCUGGAGGUCCAGGAGGGCUCUCUGGGGCCUGAGGCUCCCACCCGCCACUCUCCCCUGGCCUCAGGAAAGCCAGGUGUCUGCCUGCUCUUUCAUCCACUGUAGGGCUGCCCAUCAGCCCAUAGGCACCACCAACGCACAUACAGGGUAAGCGCAAGUGGGGAGCGGAUGCAGGUGGGGAGCAGGCAGCUCACUCUCUGCCCUUAGGAGAUCCGAUCAGAUCUGCCACACACAGCCAUGCAAGCUGUGCACUGCACAACUAGAGGUAGCAGUCACACAGACGUGACAUGGGGGGGGGCAUCCCCCAAAGUUGUGCUACAUGGUGGCCCUGGAUGUAAUUGUAAUAGGGCAUAGUAAGUAAAUGCUGAAUCUGUGUGCGGUAUGGGUGGGAACUGGGCCUGGGGCAGGAAUGAAUUACAUGUUCCUGUAGCAGGAACAGAGGUAAUGAAGAUUAUGAAAAUAAAGAAUAAUAAUAGAUACUACUUACUAU